AUGGCCGCAUCCGUCAUGUCACCGCCGCCCUUCCUAAACCCUUUGUCGGAAAAGCCCUCGGGCCUCAGCAUUCUUGACGAAGUUGCGGCAGCUCAAGAACAUCUUCGAACACGCCUGGCCGGGGCCCUCACCAACCCUCCGCCCAAGACUGCGCCAGAGACGUUACCGACCGUGCCUCUGAUCGACAUUGGGCCUUCUUUCUCCGACGACAGCACUCUGCGCAAGGCCGUGGCAAUGCAGAUCCGUGAAGCGUGCGUGACGACGGGCUUCUUCCAGAUCAGCAACCACGGCAUCUCGUCCAAAGCCAUGGCCGGGGUGUUGAAGCAGGCAGAGCGCUUCUUCCACCAGCUGUCGCCGGAGAAGAAGGACAAGCUGCACAUGAAGCACUCUCCGCUCUUCCGAGGAUACGAGCCCCACGAUUACACGUACGUGAAUCCCGACGACAUGGGAGGAAGUGACGCCUCGACCUCUCAACAGCAGCCUGAACCCGAGACGAAAGAAGGGUUCAAUUGGGGGUAUGAGGAACAGCUAGACCCGACGGGCGGAGAUGGGAAGUAUGUCGAGUUGGACGGGCAAUCGCCUGCAUCGACAGGUCUGGGAAACAUUUGGCCUGCCGAGGAGGAUCUCCCGGGCUUCUACGAGGCAAUCAGACUCUACUAUGGCCAAGUGCUCCAGCUGGCAAGACAUUUGUUUCGCCUCUUUGCCCUGUCUCUGGGCCUGGAGGAGGGCUAUUUCGACGGAGUCAUGACCCACCCAGGCGGAAUUGCGAGGUUGUUAUAUUACGCUGGUCAGCCGGUUGCGAACUCUGCCACCAACGGGGAAGCCAGCACGAACGACACCACUACAGCCCACGAAGAAGAAGGCAGCAAGCUUGGGCUCGGCGCACACACCGACUACGAAUGCUUCACGCUGCUCCUCUCCUCGUCCAAUCCGGGCCUGCAGAUCCUCUUCCCGCCCUCACCCCUCACAAACAACCGGCCCGUCUGGCUCCCCUGCCCUGUCCGGCCGGGAACGUUGACGGUCAACGUGGCAGACUUCCUCAUGCGCUGGACAAACGGGCUGUACAAGUCCACCAUCCACCGCGUCGUGAGCAAGCCGGGGACCGGGGAGAGAUACUCGGUGCCGUUCUUCUUCAGCAUCAACUACGACACCGAGGUGGUGCCGUUGCCGGAAAGCGUGGUGGGACCGAGUAACUGGCAGCCGGUCAAGGCCGGGGAGUAUAUUCUGGAGAGGCUGAGGGCGACGACUAUGUGA